GGAUGGUAUGGACAUCAGGCACAGCACACAGAGAUGUGGAGGAGCCAUGGUUGGGUUGGCAGAGUGGCUCUGGGGCACCUCAGAAUGGGGCCUCUCCAUGCCGUGCUGUUCUCUUUGAGUUGACAUGGCCACAGAGGAUCGGGUCCUGCUGUGAUACUGGGUGCAUAGGGCGGGCCUGUUCAGAGCGACACACUUAGCAUGCCCUGUUCUUAGGACAUUGGUCGACUGCUGAAGCAUCACUGUCCUUGUCUGGAGAACUCUUGGGGUUCCUCCUGAAGACCUGAUGAGAUUCCCGGCCAAGCACUUGGCACAAGGAUGAACUCAGUAAAACUGAUGGAAUUGUUGUUACUGAGACCUAGCUGCUGGCCCUAGGGCACGCUAUGGGCUUUUCAAGCCUGCAGGAGUUGUGGAGUCUGUAUGGAGGGUUGUAUGGUGUUGUCCUUCCAUGGCCCUGUGUGGCAGUGCUGCGCCUCAGCCUCUCAGCCUCUGCCCUCUGAGGGUCAACCCCUCCUGGUGCUGACACUGUCCUGUCAGACUGGUGGCUGCUGGGGCCUGGUGUGGACUCACCGCACUGCCCAGCGGUCCAUCUCUACAAACGGUCACCUGCCCACUCUGUUGUGUCUGCUCACCUGCAGGUCCCCAGCACUCCCAGGCGUCUCAUGGCUGCCGUGGAACUUGCUGCUGCACUUACCCUGCUUCCUCCAGAACCGUCCCCUUGCAGACUGAGAGGGUCUCUUCUCGUUUACGAAGAAGUGGGGAGACAGGGCAAGCAUGGUGGUGUUAAUCUCAGCACUUGAGAGACGAGACAGGCCAUCAGUAUCAGCAAAGCCAUCAACAGCCAGGAGGCCCCAGUGAAGGAGAAGCAUGCCCGGCGUAUCAUUCUGGGCACUCACCAUGAGAAAGGAGCCUUUACCUUCUGGUCCUAUGCCAUCGGCCUGCCGCUGCCCAGCAGCUCCAUCCUCAGUUGGAAAUUCUGUCACGUCCUUCACAAAGUCCUCCGAGAUGGACACCCCAAUGUGCUGCAUGACUGCCAGCGGUACCGGAGCAACAUACGUGAGAUUGGCGACUUGUGGGGCCACCUACGUGACCAGUAUGGACACCUGGUGAAUAUCUAUACCAAACUGCUGCUGACUAAAAUCUCCUUCCACCUUAAGCACCCCCAGUUUCCUGCGGGCUUGGAGGUAACAGAUGAAGUGUUGGAGAAGGCGGCGGGAACUGAUGUUAAUAACAUUUUUCAGCUCACUGUGGAGAUGUUUGACUACAUGGACUGUGAACUGAAGCUUUCUGAGUCAGUUUUCCGGCAGCUCAACACAGCCAUCGCAGUGUCACAGAUGUCUUCUGGCCAGUGUCGCCUGGCGCCGCUCAUCCAGGUCAUCCAGGACUGCAGCCACCUGUACCACUACACGGUGAAGCUCAUGUUCAAGCUCCACUCCUGUCUCCCAGCAGACACCCUGCAAGGCCACAGGGAUCGGUUCCACGAGCAGUUUCACAGUCUCAGAAACUUCUUCCGCCGAGCCUCGGACAUGCUCUACUUCAAGCGACUCAUCCAGAUCCCCAGACUGCCUGAGGGACCCCCCAAUUUCCUGCGGGCCUCAGCCCUGGCUGAGCACAUCAAGCCGGUGGUGGUGAUUCCAGAAGAGGCCCCGGAGGAGGAGGAGCCUGAGAACCUAAUUGAGAUCAGCAGUGGGCCCCCUGCUGGGGAGCCAGUGCAGGUGGUGGCUGACCUCUUUGAUCAGACCUUUGGACCCCCCAAUGGCUCCAUGAAGGAUGACAGGGACCUCCAGAUUGAGAACUUGAAGAGAGAGGUGGAGACCCUCCGUGCUGAGCUGGAGAAGAUUAAGAUGGAGGCCCAGCGGUACAUCUCGCAGCUGAAGGGCCAGGUGAACAGCCUGGAGGCAGAGCUGGAGGAGCAGCGGAAGCAGAAGCAGAAGGCCCUGGUGGACAACGAGCAGCUGCGCCACGAGCUGGCCCAGCUGAAAGCCCUGCAGCUGGAAGGCGCGCGCAACCAGGGCCUGCGAGAGGAGGCGGAGAGGAAGGCCAGUGCCACUGAGGCACGCUACAGCAAGCUGAAGGAGAAGCACAAUGAACUCAUUAACACGCAUGCCGAGCUGCUCAGGAAGAAUGCAGACACAGCCAAGCAGCUGACGGUGACACAGCAGAGCCAGGAGGAGGUGGCACGGGUAAAGGAGCAGCUGGCCUUCCAGAUGGAGCAAGUGAAGCGGGAGUCUGAGAUGAAGAUGGAGGAGCAGAGUGACCAGCUGGAGAAGCUCAAGAGGGAGCUGGUGGCCAAGGCAGGAGAGCUGGCCCAUGCCCAGGAGGCCCUGAGCCGCACGGAACAGAGUGGGUCAGAGCUGAGCUCACGGCUAGAUACACUGAACGCAGAGAAGGAAGCACUGAGCGGAGCCAUUCGGCAGCGUGAGGCAGAGCUGCUGGCUGCCCAGAGCCUGGUGCGGGAGAAGGAAGAGGCUCUUAGCCAAGAGCAGCAGCGCAGCGCCCAGGAGAAGGGCGAGCUACAGGGGCGGCUGGCAGAAAAGGAGUCUCAGGAGCAGGGGCUCCAGCAGAAGCUGCUGGAUGAACAGUUUGCAGUGCUGCGAGGUGCAGCCGCCGAGGCGGAGGCCAUCCUGCAGGACGCAGUGAGCAAGCUGGAUGACCCCCUGCACCUCCGUUGCACCAGCUCCCCAGACUACUUAGUGAGCCGGGCUCAGGCAGCCCUGGACAGCGUGAGUGGCCUGGAGAAGGGCCACACCCAGUACCUGGCUUCCUCUGAGGCCUUGGCCUUUGUCCCUGCAGAUGCUUCCGCCCUGGUAGCAGCACUGACCCGCUUCUCCCAUCUGGCCGCGGACACCAUUGUCAACGGUGGCGCCACCUCGCACCUGGCCCCCACUGACCCCGCUGACCGCCUGAUCGACACGUGCAGGGAGUGUGGAGCCCGGGCUCUGGAGCUCAUGGGACAGCUGCAGGACCAGACAAAGCUACCGAGGGCCCAGCCCAGCCUGAUGCGGGCCCCUCUGCAGGGCAUUCUUCAGUUGGGCCAGGACCUGAAGCCUAAGAGCCUGGACGUCCGGCAAGAGGAGCUAGGGGCCAUGGUUGACAAGGAGAUGGCAGCCACCUCUGCAGCCAUUGAGGACGCUGUGCGGAGGAUCGAGGACAUGAUGAACCAGGCCCGCCACGAGAGCUCAGGGGUGAAACUAGAGGUGAACGAGAGGAUCCUCAACUCCUGCACAGAUCUGAUGAAGGCCAUCCGGCUCCUGGUGAUGACGUCCACCAGCCUGCAGAAGGAGAUUGUGGAGAGCGGCAGGGGGGCAGCAACACAGCAGGAAUUUUAUGCCAAGAAUUCACGGUGGACUGAAGGCCUCAUCUCUGCCUCGAAGGCAGUGGGCUGGGGAGCCACACAGCUGGUGGAGUCAGCUGACAAGGUUGUGCUUCACAUGGGCAAAUAUGAGGAACUCAUCGUCUGCUCACACGAGAUUGCAGCCAGCACUGCCCAGCUGGUGGCAGCCUCGAAGGUAAAAGCCAACAAGAACAGUCCCCACCUGAGCCGCCUGCAGGAGUGUUCCCGCACUGUCAACGAGAGGGCUGCCAAUGUGGUGGCCUCCACCAAGUCUGGCCAGGAGCAGAUCGAGGACAGAGACACCAUGGAUUUCUCUGGCCUGUCUCUCAUCAAGCUGAAGAAGCAGGAGAUGGAGACACAGGUGCGAGUCUUGGAGCUGGAGAAGACGCUAGAGGCAGAGCGCGUACGGCUCGGGGAGCUUCGGAAGCAGCACUAUGUACUGGCGGGGGGCAUGGGGACACCUGGCGAAGAAGAACCCAGCAGACCCAGCCCAGCUCCCCGAAGUGGGGCCACUAAGAAGCCACCUCUUGCCCAGAAACCCAGCAUAGCCCCCAGGCCGGACAACCAGGUACCAGGCAUUGGUGCUGGGUUAGGGAGGAGUUUGCCAGCAGUGGAGUGGGGGCUACACUCACUCAGUGGUACAUAUGCUUCUAUCUCCUCUACUGAGCCCCUCAUCUUUGAUCCCUGCAGCUCGACAAGAAGGAUGGUGUCUACCCAGCUCAACUUGUGAACUACUAGGCCCCCUAAGGUGUUCAGCAGUUUGGCUGGGGGCUAUGCCUGGGCUUCAUGUGGCUGUCUGGCAGCGGUCAAGGGGCCUCUGAAAGGCCUCCAACUCCUGCACCUGGAGCCCAAAGCAGUGUCCCUAAGGCCCCAGCCUUCACCUGCCCAAGGGGCCUGGUCUCUGUGGGACAGUUCACGUGGAUGUGACUCUAUUUAUCUCUAGUAGGAACUGCCCAGAGCAGCUGGGACCCAGCAGGCCUGAGCCACAAAUCUGCAGCGGACAUCUGAGAUGGCUUGAACGCUGCGAGUUCUUUCUUUCCUUGUAAGUUUAGUCAGCACACUGGGAAAAGGCCACAAGCCAGGGCCUCCUUGCCUCUGGACUCAAAAGUCUGAGACCACAAGUGAACAACAGAAAGAGGGUCCCUGCUGGCUAUCGGGGAUAAGGGGAUGACCUGUGACCCCUGAGCCAGGGAGAGCAGGUAGGCUGGCUGGGGUCAUCAUCUGGGGGCCUGGUGCUAGGGCACCCAUGCUGGGAGCCCCAGGAGAGCAGGCUUUGUGUGGGUGCCAUGGCUGUGGGCAACCCCUGCUCAGGUGCUGUCUCUAGCCUUGAAGACCUGGAAGCCGCCCUCACCCUUGCUGUUUCCAUCCUUCUGGCUACUAGUGUGGCAGUCCACUGCCCACCUCGAUGGCCGAUUCAGCCCUCCUAAAGCUGGGGCCUUCCAGCCAGUUAGAAGCUAGGAAAAAAGCAGAUGUCACAGCCCAUGUUUCUGGAGGCUCAGGAAUUCCUGCUGCAGAGGCCCAGGCUCGGAGGCCCAGGCUCGGAGGCCUGGCCUGGCCUGGCCUGCCCUGCUCCUGACACUUUGAAUAAAUUUGUGUUUCUAGAGCCCGAGGGGGAGUUGUUGGGGGUGGGGAUAUCUAGGCCACCAAUAAAGCCAGCAGCUGGUCUGGGACAAGUGCCCAGCUUCCUCCAGCUGCCUGCCCUGAGCCCUGGGUGGCUACCAACCAUGGGGCAAGGUCCGGGCGUCGGGAGGGAGCCAACUCCUUUGCCCUGGGCCUAGUAUUCCUGUUGAGUCCUGUUGGCAAUAAACCCUGACUGUUGUUACCAGUGCCCUA